UUGUAGAUGACCUUUCAGCGACCCAGCAUGCAUACGUGGCACUCGCUUUCUCUGGACCUCCCACGCAUUGCCAUGGCGCCUCGAUGUCCGCGUCGCGAUCUCCAAAUCUUUGAAGCAACUUGGCGGCAUGGGUGGAAUGUGAGCCCAAAGCCAAACCCGCUUGGCACUCGCUUACUCAGGGCCUCCAGGACCUUAUCUCAGCGUCCCAGCGCCUCCGUCUAUUCUCUCCAUGGGGCCAUCACCUAUUUUCAUAAAACCGGUGCUUUGGUCUUCGCUCGUUUCCGUUUAUCCGCAGUACGGCACGGAAUCCUCCACCCUAUUCCUCGGACACAAGUGUUCCUCGCUCCUCGAGCUUUCCUGCUGCUGCCUCUGCCUGUUACCUUUGUCCUGCCGUCGCUUUCCGCUGGCGUUCAGAGCGCCGGGAUUUCUCCCCAGUCCCCAGACCGGUGCGGGAUUACCGGAUGAAGAUUGACCCGGAAGCCGGUCUCACGCCCGCCCUUCACCGCAAGGGGGACCCCCGAGAUCGUACCCGCAGCCGCAACGAGGAGGAAGAAGGAAGCACCGCCACCACCGGCGCGCCACGUGUUACUACGGAAGUAUCAGCAGCAGCGCCAGCCGUGAAUCUGCCCGAAUCCGAGUCGUUUGCACCGGACAUAGUCCCGGGCACUCCGGAACUCACGGCGAGGGAGUCCCGCCCCGGGGGAAAUCGCGGGGGAGACCCGUCGCCGUUAUCACCUCCGUCCAGCGUUAACGUUAGCGGCAGCGGCAGCCGUCGGAUCCUUGCGAGUGAGUUCAUCCCGGAAGGAGAAGGCGGAGGCGAAGCUCCAACGGCCUUGGCGCCUACGGUCGCUGCGUCCAUCGCGGCGUCAAUCGCUGCCUCGAACUCCCCUUCCGCGUCUGCCGCGUCUGCUACGUCUUCUGUGCCAGCUGUGCCAGCUGUGCCUGCUGCGUCUGCACUUGCGUCUGUGCCGCGCCCAGUGGAAUCCAGCCUCGGAGAUAGCCCCUGGGAGGACGUCUUACAGCCCUCAUCUGACGCCGCCGCCGCCGCCGCCGCCGCCGCUGCUGCUUCUGCCCCUACCAGCGGAUCUGCCGCUACCAGCGGGGUUGGCGGAGACAAGCAGUCCGAGGAGGAGUCGUUCAAGCAAGCCGUGCUCGCAGGCAGAGGCGCAGGCACCCGAGUGGCGGAUACUCCAGCCAGCCCCCCAAGCAGCCCCCCUGCCGCAGCCCAAUCCGAGGUGGACAGCCGCAAGAGGAGCCUGUCGUUCGGCCUGAGCCACAUCCGAUCCGCGGCUGCUGCUGCAGCGGGGUCAAUUCUCACUCCCAGAGGCACCUCUAAGGCGAGCAGCAAGGAAGGAGCGGCGGCGCCACAGCCCAGCAGUGAUUCGCUUGGAUCUUCCCCACCGGGACCAGCAGGCCGGGUGGAAGGCCCGGGAUUUGCACAGGGGCGGGGCGCAGCAGCAGCAGGCACCAUAGGGGGGGGAGAGUGCCCGGAGUUUGAGUGGGAGGAGGGAAGCGAGGGAGGGGAGGAAGAAGGGGAUGGUCGCAUGAUUGGGAUGCAAGGUGAGUCGCCUCAGCUGAAAACGCCUUCACCGUCCCCGCUACAUGAUCGAGUGUUGCUGCAGCCACAGCAGCAGCAGCCGUCCUCUGCUGCGGGGUCUGGUACUCCUCCCCGCCCCAUGGCUCGGCGGUCUGAGAUGCUAGUGGACAUGCCUGUGCCGCCUGUCAUACCAGAGCUGGAGCCCGUGCCCUUCCGCAGGUACUUUGAGGCGCCUCAAGACACUCCGCCACCGCAGCAGCAGCAGCAGUUGCCCGCACCAGCUGCCGCCGAAUCUGCUGCAUCAGCACCGUCGCGCCCCGAGCCCCGGCGUUACGAGAUGCUUGUGGACAUGCCUGUGCCGCCUGUUGUAUCGUCCCUAGAGCCCACUGUUUCGGAGAUAAGGCACUACGCUGGCAGUGGCCUCACGUGGAGCGGACCCCCAGGGAAGGCGGACCAGGGAGGAGGGGCGGGGCAGCAGCAGCAGCAGCAGCAGCAGCAGCAGCAGAAGGGGGGGUUGCAGCAACGGCGAAAGUCUCAAGAGGAAGAGGAGGACGAGGAUUCCUUUGUGCCAGUGGAAGCCCCGUACGCGCAUGGCGUGUGGGCUAGCGGGUGUGCGGCUGAGAAGCUGUUUGGCGACGAGGUGCCUCUGCACCACGAGCAUGUGUGCACCAAACCCAGCACGCACGACGACCAUGCUGCGUUCACCAGACCAGCAGCGCACGAGCAUGUGCCCAGCCCCCCAUGCAUGGGUGCGCAUGGUGACAAUGGGAAGCCGAGGGCUGGUGGCGAGGGCGGUGGCGGAGGAGGAGGAGGAGGAGGAGGGGGAGGGGGGCAAGGGAGAGGGGUAGCUUCGCCCUCUACUGGUCCCAGCACCCCCUCAAGCGCCUACUAUUCUGCAGCAUCUGACAGCCGUGCAAGCGCCUACCGCACUCCGACUCCCGAAAGCCCCUUCAGCGCCUUCCGCUUUGCUGCUAUGGUGACGGGCAGCAGGGAGGGCAACUGGCGCAGGGAGAGCAGUGGAAGCAGCAGCUCUUCUUACUUGGCCGGAGCUAGCAGCAGCGGUGGUGGUGGCAGCGGCGGCGGCACGGGCAGUGGUGGUGGUGGGAGUGGGUAUGGGGCCGUGGGCAGCCGCGAUGGUCGUGGUGGUGCUGCCGCUGAUGUGGAGGUGGAGCGUGGCAGCAGGGCGAGGCAGCAGAGAGCCGCCUGUGACUCGGCCAGUGACUCUCGCACUGAUUCCCCCUGGCUGAUGGGGUGCAGGCUGCAUCUCUCCAGAAAGAUUGGCUCAGGUGACUUUGGAGACACGUGGCAGGGCGUGGUGCGUGGACACGUGAGGAUCGGGACAAACGUCGGUGGCGGUAGCGACGACAAUGGUGCUGACUUCAGCAGGAGCAGCGGCGGCCCCAGCAGGGGCGGCACCAGCAGCGGCAGCAGCAGCAGCGGCGGCAUGGGGCUGACAAGCGCGGGGAGUGAGGGGAGCAUGGAGGGGGCGGGGUCACGGUCCCCGUACGAGCACCCUGUGGCUGUGAAAGUCCUUCACACCAUUCCUCACCAUGCUGCUACCGCGCCUGCUGCUGCUGCUGCAUCACUAUCUUCUGGUAUCACCCCUGCUACUACAUCGUCCCCUGGGUCUGCGGCAUCUGCGACUGCUCCGUCUGCCUCGCCUGCAGCGGCAGCAGCAGCGGGCAGCAUGGACCGGCUUGAGCGGCUGGUGAUGGCGCUGAGAGGCUGCGAGGAGGUGCUCGGUGGCCGCGUGCACCUGGCUGGGUGCAUGGAUAAGGUGGCAGUGGUCUCACCGCUCUUCGACAAGUCCAUCGCUGACAUGAUGCAGAAGCUGCCAGGGAACCGCCUGCCGUUUCACCUAUUCCUCAGGUACGGUGCAUCUGUGUGCGGGGCGGUGCAGCAGCUGCACGAGCAGGGCGUGCUGGCUCUGAAUCUGCGCCCCUCCAACUUCCUCCUGCACUCCCACAACGAUGACUCCGUCUUCCUCGCUCCGCCUGGCCUCCCAUGGGCGCUUGCAGAAAUGCAUGCGGACCCCUUCUCCCCGAUUCCGGAAGUAGCCGCAGCAUCAACUGCAGGCGCCUCUACUCCGUCUAGCCCCCUUGGAACAAACUCCCAGCUGCAACACCUGCAGCAGCAGCAGCAGCAGCAGCAGCAUGUGGAGGGUUCUUCUACGGUGUGGGCGGGAGUUUCCGCGUACAUGGCGCCAGAGCAGUGGGCGGCUGCAGUGAACGGACCGCUGGUGGAGGGUACAGAUGCAUGGGGCUUUGCGUGUGCUGCCCUGCAUAUGAUCUCAGGCAUCCCCCUUUGCCACGGCAUGUCAAUGGAGGAGAUGCAUGACGCCAUCACGUGCCACGCGCCGCACAACCGCCACCACUGCCACCAUCACCGGCGCAUGGCAGAGCACUGCAAGCGCUUCCCCUCCGCCUCCACCCCCUCCUCCUCCUCCUCCUCGUCCCCCUCGUCUCCCGCGUCCGUGCCGCCGUGUGUGUCACCGCUGCACCUGGCGGCGCUGCAGCAGCUGCCGCUGGAGCUGGAGGCGGUGCUGCUGCGCUGCUUCCACAGUGAUCCACUCAAGCGCCCCUCCUUCCGCACACUCCUGCGCGCGUUCACCCGUCCGACGAGUCAGUACCUGCCUGGGGACUGGGUGCGUGUGCCCGCAUCCCCGUCCGCCCCUCCGCACAAGCUGCACCAGCAGCAGCAGAGGGUGGGGGUGGUGGCGGCAGUGCGAGCAGGGGAAGCGGUGGUGGCAGUGCAGCUGUGCGACAAGCGCCCGGGCGAUCUGGUUGCAUAUCCGUCCAAGAGCGUUCUGGGGAUUGUGGAGCAGCCUUUCCAAUGUGGUGAUCGGGUGCGCGUGAAAAGAGGAGUGGGAAAUCCUCGCUUUGGCUGGCGCGGGAACAGCAGAAGCAGCGAGGGAGUGGUGACAGUGGUGGACAGUAGGGACGGCAUGCUAGGUGUGCGAGUCAACGACUCUCCUGCCCUCUGGCGUGUGGACCCUGCCGAAGUCGAGCCGGUGACUCAUGGCAUUGCAGUCGGUGACUGGGUCGAGAUCCUCUCCCCGGAGGCGGCUGCCCUCGUUGCAACAACCCGUCCCAGCGCUGCUGCAUACGGUGUCCUCACAGGAACUGGUAGCAGGGGGGGCAAUGCGACCAGUUUCCAGCAGCAGCAGCAGUGGAAUGUGGCCUUUCCUCUGGGGAUUGUGAAGCGGGUGGCUGGGGAUGCAGUGGAAGUGGCAGUGGCGGGUUGGGAGGGGGUGAUAGGGGGGUUGGAGCCGCAGAGGGGGGAGGUGAGGCGAGUGGAGGGGUACCGUGUGGGGCAGAUGGUGCAGCUGAGGGAGGGGGCAGUGCCGCUGUAUGGAUGGGCACAUGCGUGGUCCCUGCCAAAUGACGACUUCGGUGAUAAUGGUGGACGUGGUGGUGUGGCCAAGAGGAAUGGCCGCAAGCGUGUGCAUGCUGCUCGCAUUGCAACAGUGCACCCGAACGGGUUUCUGACUGUGCAUCUGCCUGGUAGUUUGUGGCACUCAUCCCGCCACUGGCUGGUGCAUCCCGAGCAUGUGCAGGCAGUGGGGCUGCGCUCCUGCAAGGGCUUGCAGAACAAGUGGGAGUUGUUGGGAGCAGUGCACUGGUCGCUGCAGCCGCUCUCCUUCGCCUCCUCUCUCUUCGUUGCCUACCUGGCUUCCCGCUCCCUCUCCCUUCCCUUCAUGCCUGCGCUCCUGCAACCCCCUCACAACGACUCUGAGGAUGCCACAGACCCGUCCAAUGGCAAUGCGCCACCUGGUCAGGGUGGUAUGGCGUCCCCAAGGUAUGCUACCAGGGGAGGGCCUCCAUCGCCCUUGCAGCUGCUUGGCUGGGGAGUGAGGAAGGAGAGGGAGAGCAAUGAGAGGGAGAAGCAGCAGGAUGGAAGUGGAGAAGGGUUGAGCAGCAGGUCUGACCAUGGCAGUCGCAGCAGCGCCUCUUAUCCUGUUCCAGGGGGGAGUAGUAAGGCAGGGAGUAGCAGGGCUGGUGGUGGUGACAGCAAGGCAGGGAGCAGCAAGGCAGGUUCUGCCCGUGGGGGGACAUUCAGUGCAGCGAGUGGUGGUGGUGGAGAGAACAGUGGCAAGCCUGGUCAUGCUUCUAUUGGGAAUAUUAACGUGCCUUACGGGGAGAGUAAUGGUGGAUGGAACCCGUUUGCGCCUAAGCCUGAGCCUACUUGGUUGCCGUCACCGCUGGCAAGGAUGCUUCCAGAGGCUGUUGGAGGACGGCGUAAGCGUGAGGGUUAGUGCAGAAUGCAGUAGUUGAUUUGAUGCUGUACACAAAUGUAGUUAGUAGCAGUCAUUUGUACUUGUACAGAGUUGUACUUGUUCUUGUAUUCAGU